AUGUCCGGUGCGCCAUCAAGACUCAGGAGCGUCCUGAACCACCUGCUUCCCCAUGGACAGCCAGCACAUCACAUCCACAAUCUAACGCCCACCGUCUUCCUUGAGCGGGCGGCUGCCAUUGAGCCUGAGGCCGAGGCCAUCUUUCACAUCACCGCCAACGGCAAGACACUCAGGCGUUCCUACAUCGAGUUCGCCGAUCGCGCUCGGGGUCUUGCCUACUACCUACGCAAGCAUGGCUACAAGCGCGUUGGCCUCCUGGCUCCCAACACCCCGGCCUUCCUCGAGUCUGUUUAUGGUAUCGUAGCGGCUGGCGGUGUCAUAGUGCCUGUCAACAUCCGUCUGAAGCCUGAGGAUAUUACCUACAUUUUCGACUUUGCAGAGGUGGAUUCCAUUAUCGCCGAUGCCGAAUACGCCCACCUUCUCAACUCAUACAAGAAGGAGCACCCUGAUGUCCCCGUUAUCAUUGAUGUGGUAUGUAGCUUUUUGGGCACGAUUGACACUGAUGCCACAGAAGGUGCGCUUUGCGGCCCUUUUGAUGAGGCGGUAAUGGAGGGUCUCAACCACGAUAAGGCCACCGGCAGCAAGGGCUGGGCCGAUCUACAGAAUCAGACCGUCGCCAAUGAGGAUGAUAUGAUCGCCAUCCCCUUCACCUCUGGCACCACCUCCAAGCCCAAGGGCUGCGUAUACACCCACCGCGGUGCUUAUCUUGCCACGCUCGCCAAUGUCAUCGAGUCUGGACUCAACGUUGCCGAUGGUCGUUCCAAGUACCUCUGGACACUUCCCAUGUUCCACGCUAUGGGCUGGACUUUUCCUUGGGCCGUCUGCGCCGUGCGUGGGACCCAUGUGUGCCUACGCAAGAUUGACUAUCCCUUGAUCUGGAAGUUGCUGAAGGAGGAAGGCGUGACACACUUCUGCGCCGCGCCCACUGUCAACACCCUCCUUUGCGCUGCCAAGGAGGCCGAGGCUCUUCCCAAGCCCGUUCGCGUCACUGUCGCCGCCUCGCCCCCGACUCCCCAUCUGUUCGAGCAGAUGACAAGUCUGAACCUCUUCCCUGUGCAUGUGUAUGGCCUUACUGAGACCUAUGGUCCAAUUACGAGGGGUUAUAUCCUUCCUUCGUGGGAUAACCUUCCUCCUCAUGACAAGUACGCCAAGAUGGCCCGCCAGGGACAUGGCUUUAUCACCAGCUUGCCAGCUCGCAUCAUCAAGCCCGACCAGCCCGAGGGAGUGUUGAUUGACGUGGAGAAAAACGGCCAGGAGGUUGGUGAGAUUAUUUUCACUGGCAACAUCUGCUGCAAAGGCUACUACAAGGACCCCGAAGCGACGAGAAAGCUGUUUGCAGGUGGCAUGCUACACACGGGCGACUUGGCUGUUUGGCAUCCCGAUGGAAGUAUUCAUAUUCAGGAUCGCGCAAAGGAUAUUAUCAUCUCUGGCGGCGAGAACAUCUCCUCCGUAGCUCUUGAGUCCAUGCUCGCUGAGCACCCCGACAUUCUCGAGGCCGGCGUCGUUGCCGUUCCCGACUCCCACUGGGGCGAGCGGCCCAAGGCCUAUAUCACCCUGAAGGAAGGUCGCGAGACCAGCUUGACAGGCCAGGACGUCAUCGACUGGGCCAAGCAUAACAGCAGCAUCAGCAAGUUCAUGGUGCCGAGGGAGGUUGAAAUUGUCAAGGAAUUGCCCAAGACUAGCACGGGCAAGAUCAAGAAGAACGAACUUCGGGUGUGGGCUAAGACGGGAGCCAUUCCUAACUAA